AUGAGAAGAAGGCGCUGUAGUGAAGGAGGAGUGAAGAAGGCGGCUGUAGUGAAGGGAGAACGGAGAGUGAAGGACCCGGCUGUAGGGAAGAGAGUGAAGGACCCGGCUGUAGGGAAGAGACUGAAGGACCCGGCUGUAGGGAAGAGAGUGAAGGACCCGGCUGUAGGGAAGAGAGUGAAGACUCAGUGUGGGAAGAGAGUGAAGACUCAGUGUGGUAAGAAGGUGAAGACUGCAGCAGAGGGAGGUUCCCAGACCUGCAGCUCAGAGGGGCCUCCAGCCAAGCACAGACGUAGAAGCAGGAAGGGUCUUACAGCAGAGGGAGUGGAGAGAGUCGGGCUGCAGAGCGACGACAGCACCAGCUCUCAGCCAAUCCAAUGCUCCAGACCACGGUUUGAGCUACUGGAGUUGGACUCACCGGACGAAGACACAGGAGAUGCCUCCCUGUCCUCAAACCUGUCCAUCGAACUGAGCCUACAGGAAGACCACUUGUCAUCACUUCCUCUUGAAGAGGAGGAAGAGCAGGAGGAUGAGGAAGAUCUGCCCAGUUUCUUAAAUAACACAAAGCCGCUGUCCAUAACAGAGGGAAUAUGUGUUUGGUGCAAAUUUAGAAACUAUCCUUUCUGGCCGGCAAUGGUGAAAAGCGUGAACCGGAAGAUGAAGAAAGCCAGCAUUGUGUUUAUUGACAACCUGCUGUUUGACAAGAAGAGGAUACGAAAAGGCUUCUCUGUGGCCCUAAAAACAUUGAAGCCUUUUGACUGUGAAGAGGCUGAUCAGCUUGUGUGUAAAGCCAGAGAGAGUUAUGAUGCUGCCAUCAAAUGGUGCCUGGAGCUGAUCGCCGACUAUAGAAUCCGUAUCGGAUGCGGCUUCACCGGCUCCUUCAUUGAGUACUUUUCUGAUGACAUAAGCUGUCCUGUGAGGAGACGUUAUCCUCAGAGUACCUCUGACAUCAACUUCCCCAGUAAGCUGAUGUUGGAGGAGCAGUUUUUAACCUCUGACCUUGGGGAGGAAGAGGAGGAGGGCAGCGGCCGGCAGGAGGAGGAGAGGAGGAGGAAAAGGAGGAGGAGGAAGCUGCUGCCUGACCGCUCCAAGGCAGCACGUAACCGUGCCAAUGAGAAACUGGUGGACUUCAUCGUUAAGCAACGCCGGGUGGAGACACGCCUUCUAGGUGUGAUCGGCGGGCAGCAACAAUCUAAGUGGCUGCGAUGGUUCCUGGCAGCCAGUCGGUCAGUAGUGGACACCUACCUGGAGGAUGAGGACCAGCUGGACCAGGUGUAUCAGUACCUGAGGGGGGUGUAUGAGACCGCCCCCCUCACCGCACCCUGCCUGGCUGACGUUGACCGCAUACGUCUCGUCCUGGACGUCCUCUUACCUGAGGCUAUUAUCUAUGCCAUAGCUGGAGUGGACAAGUUGUCACUGGUGAAGGCAGAGGACAAAUACCUAAAAGGGCCCUGUCUGAGUAAAAGGGAAAGAGAGGAGUUUGAUUGGAUGAUCGAGCAACAGAUGAAAAUGAAAGCAUCGAUCGGUCAUCGUCCUGUGCACUGAACACCACACUGCCUACUUUGGCUUCCGGCCGUCAGACUUCAGCCCAGAUGAAAUCCCAGGGCGUGUUGUAUAGUGCUUUACCUUCAAAUGUCAUUUCUGAUUGAGACGACAUCUGCAGCGUUUUACUGUGAAUGUGAAAAUCCUGGGAGGACGUACACCGCGGUUUAGACCCACUACCACAGUAUUUUAUCCAUCAUGGUUGCCCGUUAAGGCUGGAUUACUGUAAAUUCUGUAAAUACUGGUCUAUUUUUAUAUGGAAAAGGAAUGUUUUUUUUUUUUUUUAAAUAGUAAUAUUUUAAUUCCUCUUCCUGUUUGAAUUCCUGUCUAAUUAUGUGGCUAUGUAAGGUUGGCUUGUCGAUACCUUCAUCUAUACCUAUUUCUUGGUGACAGGCAUAUAACAUUCUGAAUGUGAAUCAUGUCAGCUCAAUAAAGCUUCCUCAGUCAU